AUGUUAUUUCAUCCAUGUCCAUUUGAGGGAAAACACACAUUUUUCAACAUCACACCACCAAGUCAAGUUUAUAAUGUCUUGAUGCCUGGAACAUUGAAAUUUUCGAUUUGUGUAUUAGAUGCUACAAAUACAACAUUAUUUUCACUUACGUCAUAUUUAAAGGUUCUGAUUGAAAUCUUCCAAAAACGUGGCAAUAAAUAUUUUCAAUUCUACAAAGCUCAACCGAUUGACUGGUGCAAGUUAAAUAAACCAAAUUUUAAACUAAUAAGCAUACAGAAGUUUUACAUUGAAAUUCUCUCAAAGCCUUUUAAAGGACUUUUUCAUCCAUGCCCAUUCGAGGGAAGACACAGAUUUGAUAAUAUAUCGUUGCUGCCAGAAGUCCUUAAUGUCGUUUCUUCAAAAUCAAUGCAGAUUGUUUUUCAAAUUUCAGAUUCUAAGAAUUUUAUGUUAUUUUCAUUAACUACUAAUUUGAUUUUGUCUGAAUAGAUUUUACGUUUGCUUUUAAGGGGAAGGGGAGG